CGCAAAGAAAGAGAAGAAAGAAAAAGAAAUAAGGAGACAAUUUCGCGUUUACUACGAAGAGGCGGAGGCUGUUUUCGACAUUUUCCUCACGGAUAACUUACUCUCGUGAGCGCAGAAAACUGCGCUUACCGUGGAGAGGAAAGCAUUACUGGAUAUACCACACGUAUAUCGAAAGAACGAGAAAUUAAAACUGGAUACAAUCACGUCACGUAACAAGUUAGCUAGCCCGAAUUUGGAUCAAUGAUCUAAGGUUGUACGGAGACGCCGGAUCCUGCGCAUUCGGCCAUAGGACAUAGCCCUACUGCUUUUCAGGGAAAGGGUCGGUCGUACAAAUCCUGCGCAAUACUUAACGCCAACGCUGUCCGCAUGAAAUCACGGUGUGACGACGCGGUGACCUCUUCGUAAAAUCUCUUCGAAAUUUUCUUGCUCCGCAAUGAGUACCACGGAUCCUACCGGCGAGGGCGGAGGGGGAGGGGUGACGACUACAAUAUCAUCGACAAACAUUGAACAAAAUGUAUCUCCAGUUACACCGGUGACCGGUAGUGCGGUGCCACCGAGCUCUCAACAGCAGCAUCCACCACCGUCACCACUAAGUGGUUGUUACCUUCUUGUUGUGCUUCCAGAGCCUCAUACUGCGCAGCAUAAAGAUCUUAUCUUAAACCGUCUUGCGAAAGGUUUCCUGUCAUGGGAUAAGGAUAGCUGUCACGUAGAUUUAGAAAAAGAAUUACUGGCGUUGGUAACACAAGCUCCCGAAGGAGAAGAAGCUAGAAAUGGUGAACGACUGAUCCAAUACGCUACCGAAAAUCUUGUUACCGAAGUUCUUAUCCACCCGCAGACCAACACUUUAUUACAGUGUAUUCGUAAUCUUCUCGCAAGUUUUAUUAUCAAUUCGUAGGCGAAUUAUGAAAUAAAGUAUAACGUUGUUGAAAUUGUCCACCAGGAUGGAACCUUUAGCCUUGCCGAUUUUCUCGACGCGUUCAGCGAACACGAGGUACAAAGAGUUCUUCGCGCGUACGAGAACAGUGUUACGGUGGACAUACAUUGCGCGAGUGUUGGCGAUUGGACAACAAAUAAAUUAUCGAAAGAAGCUUGUACCAGACCAUGCCGUGUCAGAGUAAAUCCCGAUGACGUUCUUACCGCUGGAUUGCCAGCAAUUACGAGUUUUACGAAUUACGUUGGACAGUAUCUCGUGGCUCAGACACUGGAUCAACUUAUGGAACCGUCCGAUGUCGUAGGCAACAUAAGAUUCAGUCAUCCAACGUUAUACGUCUUCCCUGGUGGCCAAGGUGAUGCCGCUCUCUUCGGCAUAAACGGUUUUAAUAUGUUGGUGGACGGUGGUUUUGCUAGAAAGGCCUGUUUCUGGGACUUUACGAGACAUUUGGACCGCCUGGAUGCGGUCUUGGUUACUAGAAUAAAUAACAGCAAUGUCGGAGGCAUGUCCAGUGUUCUUCGUAAAAAGAAAGAGAUGCACGUUUAUCCUCAAAUCGGACACUUCUUCUGCAAUCUAGUCGAGAGAAGACAGUCCAAUUCACCGGACGGGGACAAAGAUAUCGAUCCUCUGAUCUUGAAUCUGACCGACAUCGGUCAAGAGAUGGUGGUGAAUUUGCGUCACAUCAGUCUUCGAGCGCAUCCAUGCUACAGGGAUCCGGAUCCGAUCAACCUCUAUCACAAAGUGGGUCAUGGCACGUUGGAUAUGUACGUGUUAAGUCCGAGUAAGGAUACUCGCGAAGUGAGAGAAUUUUUGGCGAAAUGGCAUACCUCGGACUCGAAAUUGUUCGCUGGUAGCCAUAAGAAAGAUUCGAACAAUUUAACGUUCCCGAUACAGAAUUUGGUAUCGAUAUGCGCGCUGUUGGUCUGGCAGCCGGCUAACCCGGAGAAUACUAUUACGAGAAUUCUGUUUCCCGGUAGUACACCGCAGCACAGGAUUUUCGAAGGAUUCGAACGAUUGAAACACUUGGAGUUCCUCAAGCAUCCGGUCUGUUCGGCCAAGAGCCUUUCUCCGUCUGCUUCGUUGGCGACGUUGCGCGAUAAACCGACGAAACAAAAGUUGGGCCUGAUCGAGAAAGAACAACCGGUUCUUUCGAAGAAGUUGGUCGGGUCGGUGGACGCGAAAAAGGAGAAGAAGGAAUCGCCGGAGAUGCGAACGGUGAAAGGCGGUGGCGAGGAAUCGCCGCCAAAGAGCGUAACACAGGGUACACCGAUAAUACCUACCAAGCCUACGCAAGCGGUUAAAGCCGAGGCGAAGAGUAAGAAGGCGGUGGAGAACAAGAGAAUAGAAGUGGAAGGGAAGGAGGUGAAAGAGAGUAAGAAGGAUGUUGGGAAGAAGGAUGUUGGGAAGAAGGAGGGCGUGGGAAAGUUGGAGAAGCAAAGGGAAAAGUCGGAGGAAAAGCUGGAGGAAGAGAAGAAGAUAGAGCCGGAGAAGGGCAAGUCGGAAACGACGACGGAUAAGGUGGCAGUUGGCCCGCCGAUGAAGGAAACGAAAGGAAAGGUGGUGAGUGGUGGAACGGCGGAAGAGAGAACGAAGAAGAGAGAUACGAAGGGGGUUGGCGGGGUUGGUGGGGUUGGUGGGGUUGGCAAGCCUGGUAAAACGGAGGCAGCGGGAAAGGCAAAGCUCGUGGAGAAGAGGGCAAAACAGUCGCCGAUAGAGAAGAAGGACACGGCGAAAUCCUCACCGACGACACCGAAGAAGAUGGUUAACGGUGUGGCGACGAAAACGGAAAUAUCGAAGGCGAGUAUACCACCUAAGGGUAAAGUUCAACCGGCCGGGCAGAAAAUUGGCGUGGCACCGCCAGCGAAAAGCGCGAAAGAUGCGAAUAACAGGAAAGUAGUGGAGCUAAAGAAUAUCGAGAAAUCGGCGAUAAAGGAUAGGAGCGGCGUUGGUAGCGGGGCGAUGACCGGAAUGGUUAAAGCGCCGGCGAAAGCGAAGCCAAUGGAGAGAAGACCGAUCGGUCGUCGGGGGAAACCUGUUAGCCCGAGUAAAGUGCGGGUAUCCGGUAGUCCAGCGAAAUCGACUCGUAGCACGCCAACGACAUCGGUUAAAUCCGACAAGGACGGCGUAGUUACUCGUAAAGCGAAGAGCGAGAAAGGUACCGCGGACUCGUCCACGGUAUCCACACCGUCUGGAAUCGAAGCGGAGACAGGGGCAAGGAUCGUGGAGAAGAGUUUAAUGGAACGUUCGGAAGAUAUAUCGUUGGAUUCGAUCGAGAGUAAGGUGCUGGCUGAUUUGAAAGAGGAACGAGAAGUGGUGGAGGAGAUCGAGGCGGUGCUUCAAAAGGCGGAACGUAUCGAGGAGACGCGAAAAGAGGAUCGUUCGGAGGGAGACGACGAAAUCACUGCGGAACUUACCGAUAAAAAGGAGGAGGAUAUCACGGACGACGACAUAAUCGAGACCGAUAUGGAAGAUGCGUUGAAGAGAGAAUUGAUCGAGGAAUAUUUGAUCGUGGAGAAGGAAGAAGAUUAUAUAGAGGAUUCUACUCAGAGCGGCGAGGGUGAACAGAAGCAUAUCUUGGACGAGGCCGAAUCGGAGAAGGUAAAGAUGUCGAAGAAGGAUAUAGAACUGGUGAAAGAGAAAGGUGCGGAGGAAGAAGUGGAGGAGAAAGAGAAGGACGAGAGCGUGGAGAAACGCGAGUCGGAACGGAAAGAAUCGAGGAUAUCGUUGAAAGCUGCGGAAGAGGUGGAGGUGGCGGCGGCGGAGGAGGAAGUGGUGGAAGAGGUGGAAGAGGUGGAAGAGGAGGAGGUGGAGGAGGUGGAGGAGGGAGUAGGAGCAGAGCCGAUCGAUUUGUCGCCGGGCCGUAGGGAAGAGUUGGAGGAAAAGGUGAAAGACAUAAUUGCCUCCGCGGCGGAAUCGAUACAACAGAAACCGGAGGAGAAAGACGAUUCGGGUAAAAAGGAUAGCGAGGAGAUUACCAAGGAACCGUCGAGUUUCAGCCCGGACAAAUUAGAUUCGUCCGAAAAGAAAACCACCGAUACCGAUUUGAAGCCGGAAGCCGAUCAAAAGGAACAAAUGCCGGAGAAAUAUGAGGAAUCGCAAGAACGUAUCUCGACUUUGGAAUCUGGGGCAACGACAACCGCACCGACACUCCCGGAAGAUGAGCGUAUACCCCUGGACGAGAUAAAGGAGGACAUGGACGAGAAACACAUCGUGGAAGAAGUGAAAGAGAAGGAUAUCUCGCCCAAGGAUAAAGAAGAGAUCGCUCCGCCUGAGGUUGCCGCCGUGGUUACCGCUGCUUCGCGAGUCCUACCUCCUACCGCAACUGUCAAGCCGGAUGUUCAGGUGUUCGAUGUUCGCCAAGCUAUGCAAAGUUUGCAACGCGAUAUCGUGAAAACACCGGACGAAGUUGCCGAUUUACCCGUCCACGAGGAGGUUGAUCCGAAAUUCUAUAGAAUGGAGGACUUUGAGAAGAUGAAAGAGGAAAAGCCGUCGCAACCGCAACCGCAACCGCAACCGCAACCGCAACCGCAAGAGGUGAUGAAAGAGCCACCUACGCCACCGGUAGUUAAGGAACAAAAAGGUGUCUUCAGUUUCUUCGGCAAGGUUGCCGACAAGUUUGAAAAAGGUAUCGACAAGUUGACUAAAAAAUCAAAGAAGGAACCAGAGAAGGAAACGGAGGAAAAGUCUUCGUCGAAAUCUAGCUCGCCGAAAGAGGCGAAGGUACAAGAGAAAAGCGUUCUCGAAGAGGUCGAUGUUGAGAAAAUGUUCCCCAAAGUCGGCAAACCUAGUAGCGAGAAGAUACAGGAAAGCGUAGCCAUCCCAGAGGUAGCAGAAGCGAGAAUCAUGGAGGAAGCGGUGACCUUUGUUACGAAAGACGACCAUGUGCCCGAUCUUGAGAUGCUCGAGAAGAAGAAGGCUACGGAGGAUGAAAAGAAAGUGGCGGGAAUGGAGAAAGAAAGCAGCGAAAAGAUAGUUGAAGACGCGGAAGAGAUAAAGGCGCUAUUAGAGGAAGCCUCGAAGAAAUUUAAGACGGUAAAGGACAGUCUGAGAGAUUCUUUGGAAUCAUUGGUAGAGAAGAUCGGCAGUGAGGAAACGGUGGAUCUGCCACGAGAGGUUUUACCGGUGAAGGAUGUGGUUAAAGAUACGCUGGAAGGCGUAGUGGAAAAGUUGGAAGCGAUAAAGCCGCAGAUGGAAAGCGUGUCACCUGAUAGCAAGGAGCCGGAAAAAGUGAAAUUUGACAUACCGAGAGACGAAGAUUUCGAAAUAACCGUAGGACCUGUAAAAGACGUUAAAGAAGCUGUACGAGACGUCGGUGAGGUGCUAGCUGGAACGGCUGGUAUCGAUAUCGAAGACAAAUCUAGGGACGUUAGCAAAAUCGUGCGAGAGGUAGCACAAGUGUUGAAAGAAGAGGACGAUUUCCUUUCGGGUAAAGGAUUAUUUAAAGAGUCGACCAUGAUAGAAAAGAAAGAAGAAUCGCCGGUAAUGACGAGCGAGCAAGACGUGGUUGAAACUGUAAUCGAAGAUGGAGUAACCGAAUCGUUACCGUACGAUGAGAAAUUGGAGAAAAUUGCCGAUAAGAUUGCGGUGAUGCCGACCAAAGUUGGCAUUACCGAAGAAAUGUCUCCUUAUCAAGAAGAAACGGAAGAACUCGUGGCGGAAUCGAUCGAAGAACCAUGCGUGAAAGUGGUGAAGGAAGCAGAGCCGAUCAUAUCGCCGAAAGAAAAAGAAACGGAUAAACGCGAGGUUAAAGAAAUUUGCGACGAAAUGUUAAAGGAGGAGAAAGAUUCGAUGGUUUGCGAGGUUGUGUCUGUACCUUCCAAGAUAGAGCUAACCAAGCCCGCAGCGGAAGAGAUAUGCGUGAAAGAAGAAGUAAAAACGACGAUCGCAACGGACGAGACGCAAGUUGGUGGAGCUGGGAUAGAAGAGUCGGUGAUUGGUUUCGAUCAAAAGAUUUCUCCCGCGAAAGCAGAAAUCGUAAUGGUCUCGCCUGGUUCGACACCAACCUCGCCGAAAUUUAUAACGGAUAAGAUGCACGAAGCCGAGAGUAAAGCGGAGCCGAGUAAAGAAGUUGUUACCUCUAUCGGAUUCCCGUCCGAGGUGAAAGCUAUCGUGGAUAAGGUGGAUCGUAUGGUGGAAGAAAUUAUCGAAGAGCUUGUAACGAAAAAGAAGAGAAUUACCAUUGAAAUUAUAGAAUAUAUUACAACAGUUAAAUGUAUACCGAGGGAGCGUGUAAUUUACAUCAUCGAGGAGAUUAUCAUUAGGAAAGGACUUGCGAAGGAAGAUGUGGUGGAUAAUGUAGACACGUUAAAACUCGAAGAAUCCAUUACACCUCGGCUGAGAAUGGAGCUCGAGGAGUACAUUAUUAACGAAUAUGUUACAAAAGGAAAAUGUAUAACUAUCGAAAUCGUGGAAGAAAUUUCGGUGAAGAAAAUCGUGCCGAAAACGAUCGUUAUUCGUAUCAUUCAGGAAAUUAUCGUUAAAAAGUUGAUCCAUGUUCCUACGGAUGGCCUCUUUGAUUCACAGAUAGAUCAAACUGUAUUAGACGAUAAAAGAAAGAAGGAAGAAGAGAAAGAAGAGGCAGAAGCGGAAAGAAAAGAAGAAGAAAAGGAAAAGAAGGAGAAAGAGGUGGUCGAAGCGAUACCAAUUGCAAAAUCGGAAAGCGAGUUGCGUAAAGAAAGAGAAACGGAAUCGUUGUUGAAAAUGGAAAAAGUAAAAGUAGCGAAAGAGGAGAAGGAGGAGAAGGAGGAGGAGGAAGAUGUGCUGGAGGAAGAUAUAGAAGAAGAUGGGUUCGUUAGUAUCGGUAGAAAAAUUUCGAAAGAUACGGUGGUGGUGGAUGAGAAAGCGUUAAUGGCAUCUGUCAAGCCGGAAACUGUAAAAGAUAUUAUGGAGAAAAAGCACGAGAAGGAUAUCAUGGACGAUUUUGAGGCUGUCGAACAGGAAUACAAAGUGCAGGAUUUAACGGUUAGCUCGUUGAAAGACACGUCGGCCGUGAAAGAGAUUUCCGGAAAAUCGGACGAGGAAUCGAAAGCACGAGAAUACGCGGAAGAAGCGGUGGAAGAUACCACGAGCGAGGUUAUCGAGGCCGAUGAAAAAUUUGUUCACGAGACAAAGGAGAAAGGAGAAAAGGACGAAUUAUCGGUAGAUACCGUAAGAGCCGUUAUUUCAUUGGACAAAGAGGAGGCGAUAAAGGAAACUCUCGAUACCGUAGAAAAAUAUCUGGACGAAGCUAAGGAGAAGACGGAGGAGAAAUUAGAGGAAGCAGUUACCACGGAUAAAACGAUAGGGAUUAAAGAAUUGCCGGAAGAAACAGUGGAUGCCAUUGCCAAGCGAGAUACGACGGAGAAAGGAAAAAUUUUGAAAACAGACCAUGUUACCGAUAAAGAAGAAUUCGAAGAAAUGCAGAAAGAGGGAGAAUUAAAAAGGGCAGAAGAAGAAAAGGUGGAAAAGGAGGAAAAGGAGGAAAAGGGGGAGAAACCUGCGAUAUCUCCGAAAGAAGAGAAACUGAUGGAUUCUUCGAAGAAAACGGUCCAACGUGAAAUUAUUAGCGAUUUAUCUACGGAGAUACGAGUUACCGCUAAAGAAGUGGAAAAGAAAAAAUCAGAGAUCGAGGAAGAUACGGCGGGAUCUGUUCGACGAAUGUUGGUUACAGCGAGUAGCGAGGACGGUGGACAUGAAACGGAAAUUUGCGCAACCGGUACUAUCGCGUUUCCGAAAACCGUCACACCCGAUGAUUCUCUUAAAGAGACAUCCGUAAAAACAACGCCUGACAAAGACUCUUUGCUUCUGGAUAAGGAUUCUCUGCACUCGGGGAUAAGUAGCCCGGAGAAAGACAGCAUUUCCGACAAGUCACCGUCGAGAAAGGACAUUGGAAAAGUAACGCCCGAAGACAGUUUGGAUAAGUCGCCAAUUGACGCUCGUGAUUCCCGUGAUUCCCGUGAUUCCCGCGAUUUCGACGACAGUUUAGAGAAAAUGGAAACUUCUCCCCCUGUUAUAGAUGCGCAAAUUGCCAAGUCUCCGCAGCAACCGAAACAAAUUCUUCUGGAGGAUGUGGCCAGCAGCGUUGUUGAAAUUGCAGAAAAGAAGGAGCUACCGUCUUCGGAGUUAUCGAUAACCGAGAAAAUUGACGACACUGUUGGCAAAGUGCCUCCAGUUAGCAAAGACGCUGGAAAACUGAUGAUGGAAGCUGUAGAGAAAUCAGCAUCGUUUGAACAAAGGUUGGCUACCGAUGUAGAAACUCGUAAAAAAGUUCUCGAAAUAGGAGCUUUAAAAUCACCGGAGUCGGUUCGGUCGGAAGACGUUUCACCGGCAGAGACUAUUUUUGCCAAAUCUCCCACGGAUAAAUUAGCAGAGACGAUUGAAAUUUCGGCCGAUAUAAAAGAUGUAGAGCCGGUAAUUACACCGAUGGAUAAGUCAGCCGUAGUUGGCGAGAAAAGAGACAUCGAAUUGAAAGACGUAGCAAUGUUACCGAUCGAAACGGAUACAACUGAUAAAUUAAAGAAAUCUCCCGAUAUUGAACAGACUGAUAUAAUUGUUAAGGACGAGCUUCCAAUCCUAACUACCGAUAAAUCUGCGGAGAAAGUAGCAACAUCGACAGAUUUCAGAAUUACCGCUGAUAUAUCGAAAUCAACCACGGCAAUUUCGUUUGAAAUGCCAGAAUCAGAAAAACUCAUCACACCGGAUGCUGCCGAUGAAGAUAAAGAACGCGUUAUAAGUAAAGAUGAAAAGCCGAAAGAGAAAUCGCCCGAUAGAAGCAUUCGAGACAGCGAAGAAGAAAUUAAAGGCCGUACAGAGUUGGAUGAUUUGUCGAGAGAAAUAUCAAUCCCGAGUAAAGAAGCCGAUUUAAAGGAUGCCGAGGAAAAAUCAAUUGAAAUAUCGAAAGUCGAAACGGACGUUAUAAAACAAGCCAGCCCGCCGUCUCGUGAAAUAUUUACGACACCGGGCGUAGCGAGUCCCAGCGAAGAGCUUAAAGUUACCGAAGAUACUUCUAGAUCACCGACCAGUGCCUUUGAGACGAAAGACAUUGAUAUAAUGACAAUUGGCAAGCCCAGAUCACCCAGUGUGACAAGUGUUACAACGGAUGCGAAGAAGGAUGAAUUAGACAAGUCCAAGACACCGAGCAUUCCAGACGAAAUGGAAACGAAAGAUUCAUCCGAAAAAUCAAAGUCACCGAGCAUUGUUGAUGACCUAGUCGAUAUAAAAGAAGCUGAAACAAAAGUAACCGAGAAAUCUAGAACACCGAGCGUAACAAGUAUAUCAAUGGAAUUGAAGGAACAGCCGGAUAAGUCAAAGAUAUCCAGCAUAACUGCUGUCGGGGCUGAUAUAGAAGAGGUCGAACUGAAAGAUACCGAGAAAUCUAGAUCUCCUAGUAUAACAAUUGCACCGGUGGAAACGAAAGUUGAACCUGAUAAAUCAAAAUCACCAAGUAUCGUGGACGAGGUGCCAGACAUUAAAGAUGUUGAAUCGAAAGACAGAGAAAAGUCUAGAUCUCCUAGUGUAACGAGUGAAUUAGUAGAACAGAAGGUCGAACCAGAUAAGUCAAAAUCACCGAGUAUUGCUGGUGACGAGGUAGAUAUAAAAGCAGUUCAAACCAAAGAUACCGAGAUGUCUAGGACUCCCAGUGUAACGACAGCACCAAUAGAGCCGAAAACAGAAGCGGAUAAGUCAAAAUCACCAAGCGUGGCAGGUGAAGCGACCGAUAUGAAGGAUGUUUUAGAAAAAGAUAUCGAAAAAUCCAGAUCCCCAAGCAUAACUAGUACGCCCGUCGAACGGAAAGACGAAUCCGAUGCAUCAAAGUCGCCCAGCAUUUCUGAUGAGGUUGUAGUCGCGAAAGAAGUUGAAGCAAAAGAUGUUGAGAAAUCACGAUCUUCCAGUAGCACAAGUAUAUCGGCAGACUCGAAAGAUGAAACCGAGAAAAAGAAAAUACCGAGCGUUGAUGGGGAUAGAGCUGAUGUGAAGGAUAUUGAGGGGAAAGAUAGAGAAAAAUCUAGAUCUCCGAGUGUAACGAGCAUACCAACCGUAGCGAAAGUCGAACCGGAUAAAUCAAAAUCACCGAGCGUUGCUGGCGAAACACCUGACCUAAAGGAUGUUGAGGCAAGAGAUAUCCACAAGUCCCGUUCUCCCAGUGUCACGAGUGUAACAAUGGAACCAAAAGUUGAGACUGAUAAAUCGAAAUCACCUAGCAUUGCCGGUGAGAUUGUAGAUAUAAAAGACGUGGAAGCAAAAGCUAUCGAGAAAUCCCGUUCUCCUAGUGUAACGAGUGUAACAAUGGAACCAAAAGUUGAAACCGAUAAAUCAAAAUCACCUAGCAUUGCCGGCGAGGUUGUAGACAUAAAAGAUGUCGAAGCAAAAGAUAUCGAGAAAUCCCGUUCUCCUAGUGUACCGAGUGUAACAAUGGAACCAAAAAUUGAGACAGAUAAAUCGAAAUCACCUAGCAUUGCCGAUGACGUUGCAUAUGUAAAGGAUGUUGAGGCAAGAGAUAUCGAGAAAUCCCGUUCACCUGGUGUAACCAGUGUAACAAUGGAAUCAAAAGUUGAAAUCGAUAAGUCGAAAUCAGCUAGCAUUGCCGGAGAUGCUGUAGACUUGAAAGAUGUUGGGGACAAAGAAAUUGAGAAGUCUCGGUCUCCCAGUGUGACGAGUGUAUCAACGGAACCAAAAGUUGAGAGCGAUAAAUCGAAAUCACCUAGCAUUGCUGAAGAUAUGGCACACGUAAAGGAUGAUGAGGCAAAAGAUAUCGAAAAGUCUCGUUCUUCCAGUGUAACCAGUGUUACAAUGGAUACGAAAGCUGAAUCUGACAAAUCUAAGUCACCCAGCAUUGCUGGUGACGUUGUGGAUGUAAAGGAUGUCGAGGCAAAGGAUCUCGAGAAGUCUCGUUCUCCCAGUAUAACGAGUGUCACAAUGGAUACAAAAGUUGAAACCGACAAAUCUAAGUCACCCAGCGUUGCUAGUGAUGCAGAUAUGAAGGAUGUUGAAGCAAAGGAAAUAGAAAAGUCUCGUACUCCCAGUGUGACGAGUGUAACCAUGGAACCAAAAGUUGAGUCCGACAAAUCGAAAUCCCCCAGCAUUGCUGGUGACGCUGCAGAAGAAAAAGAUGUUGUGGCAAAAGAUAUGGAGAAGUCGCGUUCUCUCAGCGUGACUAGCGUCUCAGUGGAAUCAAAAGUUGAAACGGAGAAAUCGAAAUCACCCAGCAUAGACGGUGAGGUUGCAGAUGUAAAAGAUGUUGAGGCAAAAGAUAUUGAAAAAUCUCGUUCCCCAAGUGUCACGAGUGCAUCCAUGGAACCAAAAGUUGAGACCGACAAAUUGAAAUCACCUAGCAUUCCUAGAGACACUUCGGACGUGAAGGAUGUCGAGACAAAAGGUGUGGAUAAGCCUCGCUCUCCCAGUGUGACGAGUGUAUCAAUGGAACGAAAAGUUGAGACCGAGAAAUCAAAAUCACCUAGCAUUGCCGAUGAGGUUGUAGAUGUAAAGGAUGUUGAUGCGAAAAAUAUCGAGAAGUCUCGAUCUCCAAGUGUACCGAGUGUAACUAUGGAACCAAAGGUCGAAAGUGACAAGUCGAAAUCACCUAGCAUUGCUGAAGACAUUUCGGACGAAAAAGAAAUCGAGAAGUCUCGUUCUCCUAGCGUAACGAGUGUUACAGUGGAUGCAAAACCUGCGAUUGACAAAUCAAAAUCACCCAGCAUUGCUGGUGACGUUGCCGAUGUAAAGGAUGUUGAGGCAAAGGAUAUGGACAAGUCUCGUUCUCCGAGUGUGACGAGCGUAUCAAUCGAACAAAAAGUUGUGGCCGAUAAAUUGAAAUCACCCAGCGUUGCCGAAGACAUUGCACACGUAAAAGAUGUUGAAGUAAAAGAUAUCGAAAAGUCUCGUUCUUCCAGCGUAACCAGUGUUACAAUGGAUACGAGAGCUGAAUCUGACAAAUCUAAAUCACCGAGCAUUGCUGGUGACGUUGCCGAUGUAAAGGAUGUUGAGGCAAAGGAUGUCGAGAAGUCUCGUUCUCCCAGUGUGACGAGUGUAGCAGUUGAACAGAAAGCUAUCACCGACAAAUCGAAAUCACCCAGCAUUGCCGAAGAUAUUGCACACGUAAAAGAUAUCGAAAAGUCUCGUUCUCCCAGCGUAACUAGUGUUACAAUGGAUACGAGGGCUGAAUCUGACAAAUCUAAAUCACCCAGCAUUGCUGGUGAAGUUGCCGAUGUAAAGGAUAUCGAGGCAAAGGAUGUCGAGAAGUCUCGUUCUCCCAGUGUGACGAGUGUAUCAAUGGAACCAAAAGCUGAAAGCGAUAAAUCGAAAUCACCCAGCAUUGCUGAAGACAUUGCACACGUAAAAGAUGUUGAAGUAAAAGAUAUCGAAAAGUCUCGUUCUUCCAGUGUAGCCAGUGUUACAAUGGAUACGAAAGCUGAAUCUGACAAAUCUAAAUCACCCAGCAUUGCUGGUGACGUUGCCGAUGUAAAGGAUGUUGCGCCAAAGGAUGUAGAGAAGUCUCGCUCUCCCAGUGUGACGAUUGUAUCGAUGGAACCAAAAGCUGAAACCGACAAGUCGAAAUCACCCAGUAUUGCUGAAGAUAUUGCACACGUAAAAGCUGUUGAAGUAAAAGAUAGCGAAAAGUCUCGUUCUCCCAGCGUAACCAGUGUUACAAUGGAUACGAAAGCUGAAUCUGACAAAUCUAAAUCACCCAGCAUUGCUGGUGACGUUGCCGAUGUAAAGGAUAUCGAGGUAAAGGAUGUCGAGAAGUCUCGUUCUCCCAGUGUGACGAGUGUAUCGAUGGAACCAAAAGUUGAAAGCUAUAAGUCGAAAUCACCCAGCAUUGCUGAAGACAUUGCGCACGUAAAAGAUGUUGAAGUAAAAGAUAUCGAAAAGUCUCGUUCUCCCAGCGUAACCAGUGUUACCAUGGAUACGAGAGCUGAAUCUGACAAAUCUAAAUCACCGAGCAUUGCUGGUGACGUUGCUGAUGUAAAGGAUGUUGAGGCAAAGGAUGUCGAGAAGUCUCGUUCUCCCAGUGUGGCGAGUGUAUCAGUUGAACAAAAAGCUAUCACCGACAAAUCGAAAUCACCCAGCAUUGCCGAAGAUAUUGCAUACGUAAAAGAUGUUGAAGUAAAAGAUAUCGAAAAGUCUCGUUCUUCCAGUGUAGCCAGUGUUACAAUGGAUACGAAAGCUGAAUCUGACAAAUCUAAAUCACCCAGCAUUGCUGGUGACGUUGCCGAUGUAAAGGAUGUUGCGCCAAAGGAUGUAGAGAAGUCUCGCUCUCCCAGUGUGACGAUUGUAUCGAUGGAACCAAAAGCUGAAACCGACAAGUCGAAAUCACCCAGUAUUGCUGAAGAUAUUGCACACGUAAAAGCUGUUGAAGUAAAAGAUAGCGAAAAGUCUCGUUCUCCCAGCGUAACCAGUGUUACCAUGGAUACGAAAGCUGAAUCUGACAAAUCUAAAUCACCCAGCAUUGCUGGUGACGUUGCCGAUGUAAAGGAUGUUGAGGCAAAGGAUGUCGAAAAGUCUCGUUCUCCCAGCGUAACCAGUGUUACCAUGGAUACGAAAGCUGAAUCUGACAAAUCUAAAUCACCCAGCAUUGCUGGUGACGUUGCCGAUGUAAAGGAUAUCGAGGCAAAGGAUGUCGAGAAGUCUCGUUCUCCCAGUAUGACGAGUGUAUCGAUGGAACCAAAAGUUGAAAGCGAUAAAUCAAAAUCACCCAGCAUUGCUGAAGACAUUGCACACGUAAAAGAUGUUGAAGUAAAAGAUAUCGAAAAGUCUCGUUCUCCCAGCGUAACCAGUGUUACAGUGGAUACGAGAGCUGAAUCUGACAAAUCUAAAUCACCCAGCAUUGCUGGUGACGUUGCCGAUGUAAAGGAUGUUGCGCCAAAGGAUGUAGAGAAGUCUCGCUCUCCCAGUGUGACGAUUGUAUCGAUGGAACCAAAAGCUGAAACCGACAAGUCGAAAUCACCCAGUAUUGCUGAAGAUAUUGCACACGUAAAAGCUGUUGAAGUAAAAGAUAGCGAAAAGUCUCGUUCUCCCAGUGUUACGAGUGUAACAAUGGAUAUAAAAGCUGAAUCCGACAAAUCUAAAUCACCCAGCAUUGCUGGUGACGUUGCCGAUGUAAAGGAUGUUGAGGCAAAGGAUGUCGAAAAGUCUCGUUCUCCCAGUGUGACGAGUGUAUCAGUCGAACAAAAAGUUAUCACCGACAAAUCGAAAUCACCCAGCAUUACCGAAGACAUUUCACACGUAAAAGAUGUUGAAGUAAAAGAUAUCGAAAAGUCUCGUUCUCCCAGCGUAACCAGUGUUACAAUGGAUACGAGAGCUGAAUCUGACAAAUCUAAAUCACCCAGUAUUGCUGGUGACGUUGCCGAUGUAAAAGAUGUUGAGGCAAAGGAUGUCGAAAAGUCUCGUUCUCCCAGUGUGACGAGUGUAUCAGUCGAGCAAAAAGUUAUCACCGACAAAUCGAAAUCACCCAGCAUUACCGAAGACAUUUCACACGUAAAAGUUGUUGAAGUAAAAGAUAUCGAAAAGUCUCGUUCUCCCAGUGUGACGAGUGUAUCAGUCGAGCAAAAAGUUAUCACCGACAAAUCGAAAUCACCCAGCAUUACCGAAGACAUUUCACACGUAAAAGAUGUUGAAGUAAAAGAUAUCGAAAAGUCUCGUUCUCCCAGCGUAACCAGUGUUACAAUGGAUACGAGAGCUGAAUCUGACAAAUCUAAAUCACCCAGUAUUGCUGGUGACGUUGCCGAUGUAAAGGAUGUUGAGGCAAAGGAUGUCGAAAAGUCUCGUUCUCCCAGUGUGACGAGUGUAUCAGUCGAACAAAAAUUUAUCACCGACAAAUCGAAAUCACCCAGCAUUACUGAAGACUUUGCACACGUUAAAGAUAUUGAAGUAAAAGAUAUCGUAAAAUCUCGUUCUCCCAGUGUUACGAGUGUAACAAUGGACAUAAAAGCUGAAUCCGACAAAUCUAAAUCACCCAGCGUUGCUGGUGACGUUGUCGAUGUAAAGGAUGUUGAGACAGAUGAUAUCCAGAAGCCACGUUCUCCAACUGUGACGAGUAUAUCAAUAGAACCAAAAGCUGAAACCGACAAGUCGAAAUCACCCAGUAUUGCUGGUGACGUUGCAGAUUUAAAGGAAAUUGAGACAAAAAGCAUGGAGAAGUCGCGAUCUCCCAGUGUGACGAGUGUAUCAGCGGAACAAAAAGUUAUCACCGACAAAUCGAAAUCACCCAGCAUUACCGAAGACAUUGCACACGUAAAAGAUAUGGAAAAGUCUCGUUCUCCCAGCGUAACCAGUGUUACAAUGGAUACGAGAGCUGAAUCUGACAAAUCUAAAUCACCUAGCAUUGCUGGUGAUUUUGCCGAUGUAAAGGACGUUGAGGCAAAGGAUGUAGGGAAAUCUCGUUCUCCAAGCGUGACGAGUGUAUCAAUCGAAGAAAAAGUUGUAACCGACAAAUUGAAAUCACCUAGCAUUGCUGAAGACAUGGCACACGUAAAAGAUGGUGGGGUAAAAGAUAUCGAGAAGUCUCGUACUCCCAGCAUAACGAGUAUAUCGAUGGAAACAAAGGUCGAACCCGAUAAAUUGAAGUCACCUAGCAUUGCAGGGGACAUGCCAGACGUGAAAGAUGUUGAGGCAAAAGAUAUCGACAAGUCUCGGUCUCCCAGUGUGACAAGUGUAUCAAUGGAACCAAAAGUUGAGAGUGAUAAAUCGAAAUCACCCAGCAUCGCUGGUGAUGUUGCAGAUGUAAAAGAAGUUGAGAGAAAAGAUAUCGAGAAAUCUCGUUCGCCCAGUGUUACGAGUGUUACAAUGGAAGAAAAAGUGGUGACCGUCAAAUCGAAGUCACCCAGCAUUGCUGAGGACAUGGUACACGUAAAGGAUGAUGAGGCAAAAGAUAUCGAGAGAUCUCGUUCUCCCAGUGUGACGAGUGUAACUAUCGAAUCAAAAGUUGAGACCGUGAAAUCGAAAUCGCCCAGCAUUGCUGAAGACAUUGUAGACGUAAAAGACCUUGAGACAAAAGAUAUCGACAAGUCUCGUUCUCCCAGUGUAACAAGUCUAUCCGCGGAACAGAAAAUGGUGACCGACAAAUCGAAAUCACCCAGCAUUGCUGAAGACAUUGCACACGUAAAAGAUGUUGAAGUGAAAGAUAUGGAGAAAUCUCGUUCUCCCAGUGUAACCAGUGUUACAAUGGAUAUGAAAGCUGAAUCUGACAAAUCAAAAUCACCCAGCAUUGCUGGUGACGUUGCCGAUGUAAAGGAUGUCGCGAAGUCUCGGUCUGAAAGUGUAACGAGUGUAUCAAUCGAACCAAAAGCUGAAACCGACAAGUCGAAAUCACCCAGCAUUGCUGGUGACGUUGCAGAUGUAAAGGAAAUUGAGACAAAAGGCAUGGAGAAAUCGCGAUCACCAAGUGUGACGAGUGUAUCGGUGGAACGAAAAGUUGAGAGCGAUAAAUCAAAAUCACCCAGCAUUGCUGGAGACAUUUUGGAUGAAAAAGAAGUUGAGAUAAAAGCUAUCGAGAAGUCUCGGUCUCCCAGCGCGACGAGUAUACCGAUAGUAUCGAAAGUGGAAUCCGAGAAGGCAAUUUCACCGAGCAUUGUUUGCGAAAUACCCGACAUAAAGGAUAUUGAGGAGCGGCAAGUGGAAACCGGCAAAUCUAAAUCGCCUAGCAUUUCUAGGGAAGUUGUAGAUAUGAAGGAUAUUGAGACGAAAGAUGUGGAAGGAUCUAGAGCUCCUAGUGUAGCGAGUGUACCAGAAGAAACGAAAACUGAGUCCGAUAAGUCAAAGUCACCAAGUAUUGCUGGAGAUGUUGCAGACACGAAGGAUAUCGAAGAAAAAGGUAUGGAGAAAUCUAGAUCACCCAGCAUCGCAAGUGUUGAACCGAGGGGUGAAACUGAUAAGUCAAAGUCAUCUAGCGUGGCAAGCGAGGUCGCAGACAUGAAGGAUGUCGAUGCGAAAGAUGCUGAGAAAUCUCGAUCUCCAAGCGUAACGAGUGUACCGACAGAAACGAAAGUCGAUUCCGACAAGUCAAAAUCACCGAGCAUUUCUGGCGACGCGAGCGACGCGAAAGAUACCGAAGGAAAGGAUGCCGAUAUAUCUAGAUCCCCGAGCAUGUCCAUUGCUUCAGUGGAAUCGAAGAGCGCACCUGAAAAGUCAAGGUCGCCGAGCAUUCCUAGCGAGGCGGUGGAUACGACGAGAGAUGUCGGUGUAAAAGAUGUCGAUAGGAUGUCUAGAACAUCCAGCGUAUCGAGUUCUCCAGAUGAACCAAAAGAUGCAUCGAAAAUGUCAAAGUCAGCAAAAGCGGAAUCCGAUAAAUCGAAAUCGGCCAGUAUCGCUGAGGAAAUGGCUACUAUGGCAGAUAUGGAAGGAAAAGACGCGGCAAAAGCAACUUUGUCAAAAGAUGCGCCGGAUAUGUCAAAAAUACCGAGCGGCGUCCAACAGUCAAAGUCACCUGGUACCUAUGUCGAGGUUGUCGAAUCGUUGGCUCAAACUGACAUGCCGAUAGACUCGAAGGGAUUAACGGAUAAAUCAGAAUUGGUGGAUGUUAUUAGCGACGUGGUUGAAGAAAAAGUAAAGACGUCUACCGUGGAGGAGAGGUUGUUGCUCGAGAAGAAGGUAGGGGAUGGAGUGGUAACGGACGGGCAGCAGAGUGCUCCACUCCAUCAGAGUGAUGGAAUGGAGAUAACGGCGGAGAAGAUGGCGAUUAUCGAAAAGUAUAUCUUAGAAGAAUACGUAAACAAGGGAAAGAAAAUCACAAGACUCGUAAUAGAAGAGAUAAUUAGGAUUUACUCGGUCACGGAAUUCGUAAUAAUGAACAUCGUCGAAACGAUUCUCACGACAAAGAGGAUAAAAAGAGAUUCGGUGUUAGAGAUGACCGAGCGGCAAAAGGAAAAGUCGGAAGAAGACGCGAAACAACAGCGUCAUAAAGAUACAAAGGAUAGGAGCGAUGGUUCAAUGAGCUCUAGUUUAAGCUCCGAUCUGAUCGCUUCCGACAAAUCUACUCAGGAUAGUCCUGUACGCUCCGAACCGCACAUCGACGAAGAAGUUUCGAUUUCGGAAGAGAAGAGGACCGAGAUGGAAAAACUUUUAGAGGAGGAUUAUAUCAAACAAGGGAAAAGGAUCAAUGAGAAAGUCUUGGAAGAAAUUAUCGUUAGAACGUGUUUACCUCGGUACAUUAUUUUCGAGAUUAUCGAAGAAAUAAUUUUGAAAAAGAAACUCGUUCGAGAUUUCGUGAUCGACGUAGAACUUUGUCAAGAGGACGAGCCAGAAGAUAGUUACGAGAAAGAUGGAUAUCGAUAUGAAAAACCUAUGGAGCUUCGAUAUGAUUCUACGGAUGGGGAAAGGAGAGGAAGGUACGAUUACAAGACGACGGCCGAAUACCAGCCGUCGGGCGUGCGAGAAGGACAAAUUAUGGAAACGUCCUCGAUUUCCGACUAUCCGGUGAGUUACGAGAGCCAAUUUCACAAAGCGUUCGUCGGUGGAGUGACGGAAAUACGUACGACUCAUAUUACCACGUUGUCAGGAAAAUCAACGCCAGAUAUUACUCGGGACGGAACACCUGACUCGGUUUCCGAGCCAACAGCUUCUACCGUGGAAAAGGUAGAAGAUAAAUCGGUUGCAGGUAAAUUGCUCGAUUAUCGAGAUUCACUGGACAAAGAAAUCGCCAUUGCCGCCGCUACCACUGCCGCCGUUACCACUAUCGCAGUUACCACUGCGCCAGCUACGGCGCCAACUACCGUUUAUCCGACCAGCCCGCAAACGGAUACGUCCGUUAUCGAAAGCACGAGAUCGACCGAGGCAAAGUCAACGCGAAUAGUUACCGUGUUGAAAGAAAGUAAAAUCGGUGAAUCGGUAGAAAAAUCGGUAGAAAAAUCUGUAGAUGCGAGUAAACGUGCAACGCCGGACACGGAAUAUGACCAAGUGGACGUUACGUCGGACAGACGGAUCACCGAGACUGUAGAGAGAGUAGCAGCAACGGAACAAGUGUCAACCGACGAUGAAAGAGAAAUCUCGGCAGACGGUAAAGUUAUCGUGGUUAAGAAAAUCGUGAAACGGGAAGUUUCCCAUCUGGACGAACCUGAAACGAUUCGGAAGGUUAUAAAGCGCGAGAUUAUGGAAGAGGAGGAGCCGGAAAUAAUUCGGAAGGUUAUAAAGCGCGAGAUUGUGGAAGAAGACGACGACGAGCCGGAAAUAAUUCGAAAGGUUAUAAAACGGGAAAUUAUCGAACAGGACGAACCGGUAGUGAUCACGACCAAAGUGAUCAAACGCGAAAUCAUUGUUCCGGAAGGCGAGCAAAUGGACGAGGGUGAGGAUUUGGAAAGGAUAAGAGAAAUGGCGAGCAAAGAAGUGGUGGCCGAUUUCCCGAUCGAGACGAAGAUCGAAACGAAGGUGAGGACGGAAACGAGAAAGAUCGUGAUCACGGGAGGUGAAUUAUCCGACGUUGAGAAAUUAACAGUCGGUGAGAAAUCAUCAUCAUCGGCGAUAGAGGCGCUAACGGGUGAUAUAGAGGCGAAGAAAACAGUGACGACGAAAACGAUUAUCGAAAAAGAUGGCGCAACAACGCCUGGAAAAACAGACGCGAAGGAGACUAGCGUGGCAAUUGUAAAGGAGGUAGCAGUACCAACAGCCAAAACGAUCGAAACGAUCGAACCGAUCGAACCGAUCGAACCGAUGGACGAGGAUAGGAUUAGAAGCGCGAUACCGGAAGAUUCUGCGGAACGGAAGGAUAAAGAUGGGAAAGAAGCAGAGGAAGAAAGAGGAGGGAAGAAGAUAGCCGAACGACUAGGAGAAAUGAAAUAUACGCAACUGGAUAAACGGCCAGUCUCACCUCAGGUACGUGAUAUCGCUUCCGACAUGGCUAUUCAGUCGCACCUUUCCGGCCGAUGUACACCCGAUAGAAGAUCCGAAGGCCGAUCAUUGACGGGAACGCCGGAAGGAUUCCGAUCGGGCGAGGUUAUCAGAACGAUCAUCACCACCACUAAAACGGUAUCCGACGACGGUGAAAUUAUAACGACGACCCGUGAAGUGACGGAAACGACCAACGAAAAGGGCGAAACGGUGAUUUUAGCGGAGAAAGUGGACGUGAAAGUGGACGAAUAUCUACCGAGCAAAGAUAUGGGAGGAGAAGCUGUGUUCGAUGCUAGUUCCCUUCGACGUGCGGCGCCGCAAGAAAAAGAAUCGGAUGCCGCAAAGGCGAUGGCUAUCCAACGGGAAGUUGGACGCGACGGUGCAAGCAAAAUCGUUGAUACUUCGAUUUCGCCGUUGCAGCGAGAGCAAAGCGAUUAUUCGUGUAAACGAUUCACCGUGGAGAAGGAGUACGCUGGCGAUUACAAGGAGAAACCCGACGCAAAGAAGUACAUCGACGAGGCUGAUCUUGACUUUGAGAAAGCACUGACGAUGGAACGAAAGGAAACAAAAGAAAUGGACGGACAGGGGAAAACUAUCUCAUCGAGGUACACGAACGGUAGCGUUCGCGGAGAAACGUCCGAGACGAGCGACAGGCCGGAAGACCGAGAGCAGCGUACCGAGAGAGAUCCCAGAACCGAUACUAAGAAAGAUCCGCUAGAUGGUUGGGGAACUCCGUUGGGUCUUCCGUCCCCUGUACCGCCGAAAAAGUUUAACCUGAAAAAUACCGCCACGCAACUAGGCAAUUCGAACGUGGAGGAAACGAGCGUAAUGGGUUCCGAUAACGAUACCAGACUCAACUUGGAUCCCAUCGAAGACUGGGUGCUCGGAUUACCUUCGCCUGCUCCUAUAACCAAUGAAGUUUCCAACAAGGGUGCACCUGGCACACCGAAGAAGGAAAAGAUGCAAGCGAGGAGGGUUUUAUCCGAAAACCUGAAAAAUAAAAAACGCUCGGAGAGUCCGGGUAAAAAUGAAAAGAGGAUAAAGGACUCGAAGAAUAAAGUACAAUCGGUGUACGUGGACUUGACCUAUGUACCUCACCAUGGAAACUCGUAUUAUACGUCGUUGGAAUUUUUCAAAAGAGUUCGCGCGAGAUAUUACGUGUUCAGCGGUACCGAGCCCACUGUCUACGACGCUAUAUUGGAAGCCAAGAAAACAUGGGAAGACAAAGAUCUCGAGGUAACUAUGAUACCAACUUACGACACCGACACAUUGGGAUAUUGGGUAGCCGACAACGAAGAAGCUCUCGCUGCGAAUCACAUUGAUCUUUCACCUUCGGCAUCCCGAUGUACGAUUAAUCUUCAGGACCACGAGACUAGUUGCAGUGCCUAUAGACUUGAAUUCUAGGGAUU